AUGGUUCGAUUCUCUACCAUUUCAGGUGCUCUCUGCGCAAUUGGUCUCGCCAGCGCCCAGUGUCCAUAUGCGAAUCCUGGAUCUUUAUCUGCAAGAGAUGAUUCAGCUGAGGCUACGACUAAAGGCGGCUCUCGAGGCCACAUGAAGGGGUACGAGUUGGACGACUCCUCCGGAUACCUGACCUCGGACGUGGGCGGCCCAUUUAGCGAUCAGGAGAGCCUGAAGGCCGGCGACCGCGGCCCGACGCUGCUCGAGGACUUCAUCUUCCGCCAAAAGAUCACCCACUUUGACCACGAGCGUGUGCCUGAGCGAGCCGUCCAUGCCCGCGGCGCCGGUGCAUACGGGACAUUCACGAGCUACGGCGACUUUAGCAACAUCACAGCCGCUUCGUUUCUCGCCGCCAAGGAGAAGAAGACGCCCAUGUUUGUCCGCUUCUCCACCGUGCUCGGCUCGCGAGGCAGCACAGACACGGCCCGGGACAUUCGCGGCUUUGCCACACGAUUCUAUACUGACGAGGGCAACUUUGACAUUGUCGGCAACAACGCGCCCGUCUUCUUCAUCCAGGACGCCAUCCAAUUCCCCGACCUUGUUCACUCUCUGAAGCCCGAAUCCAACAACGAGAUUCCGCAGGCUUCCACGGCACAUAACACCGCCUGGGACUUUUUCAGCCAGCAGACGACCUCGCUGCAUGCGCUAUUUUGGGCACUCUCCGGCCACGGCGUCCCGCGAAGCUUCCGUCACAUGGACGGCUUUGGCGUUCACACAUACCGUCUUGUGACAGACAAGGGCGACUCGAAGCUGGUCAAGUGGCACUGGCGAUCGAAGCAGGGUCUGGCUUCGCUCUUCCAGGAGGAAUCGCAACACGUCAGCGGCAAGGGCGCCGACUUUCACCGACAGGAUCUCUACGACGCCAUCGAGGCUGGAAACUACCCCGAGUGGGAGCUGAGCGUCCAGAUGGUUGACGAGGAAAAGGCGCUUGCCUUUGGAUUUGAUCUGUUGGACCCUACGAAGCUGCUUCCCGAAGAGUUGGCCCCUCUACAUCCUCUUGGAGUCAUGAGACUGGACGCCAACCCCGUCAAUUACUUUGCGGAAACGGAGCAAGUCAUGUUUCAACCUGGGCACAUCGUUCGUGGAGUCGACUUUUCAGACGAUCCGCUGCUUCAGGGCCGCAUCUUCUCGUACCUGGACACGCAGAUCAAUCGCCACGGCGGUCCCAACUUUGAGCAGCUUCCCAUCAACAGGCCGAUUGUUCCGGUGCACAACAACAACCGUGACGGCGCAGGUCAAGUCUUGAUUCACAAGAAUGCUGCCCCGUACUCGCCCAACACACUCAACAAGGGAUACCCCCAGCAGGCAGACCAGUCGAGGGGACGCGGCUUCUUCACCGCGCCGCGCCGGCGCGCCGACGGCCACCUCGUUCGGAAGCGCUCCCAGGCCUUCUCCGACCACUGGAGCCAGCCGCGGCUCUUCUACAACUCGCUCGGCAAGGCCGAGCAGCAGAUGCUCAUCGACGUGCUGCGUCUUGAGCUGAGCGGCCUGCGAACCGCCAUCCAGACCAACGUGCUCGCGCAGCUCAACAAGAUCAGCCACGAGAUCGCCGUCCGCGUCGGCCGGGCGCUCGGCGUGGAGGCGCCGGCGGCCGACGACGCGCACUACCACGACAACAAGACGGCGCACAUGUCCGCCUACGGCGCGAAGCUGCCCACCAUCGCCUCGAUGCGCGUGGGCGUCCUCGUCGACGGCGGGUCGGAGGAGUCUGUCAGGGAGGGCGCGGCGCUGCGGGAUGGGCUGAAGCACGCGCGGGUGUUUGCGAGCACGGUCGGGGAGAGGAUGGCGCCGGGCGUGGACAGGGCGCUCACGGCGACGGACGCGACCGUCUUCGACGCCGUCGUCGUUACCGAGGGCGCCGCCGCAGCGCUGUUCGACCCUGCUGCGAGGCGGUCGACGCUCUACCCCUCGGGACGGCCGAGCCGGAUCAUCACGGACAGCUUCCGCUGGGGUAAGCCCCUGGGAUUCCUCGGCAGGGCCGCGGAUGUGAUUGGCAGGACGGGCAUCAAGGCCGGCCCGGGCGUCUACGUGGGCGGCGACGUUGCGUCCAUGGUCGAGGAUAUCAAGGAGGGGCUGGCGACGUUUAAGUUUCUCGACCGUGUUGCCUUGGAUGAGGACGAGUAA